UAUUCGUGGUAAUCGUUACAUCGAGAGUGUGUAGAUUUCUAAUGAAGAGGAAAGAAAAUCAAGCAAGAUCGACAGAAACGAAAAGAAGAAGAUAUCUCGCGUUACUUUAACAUAGAAAGAAACUGACUUAAUAAAGAGAUUUGUCUCGUAAAAGCGGCGAAAGUCAAUUUCAAAUCGACGUGUGCAGGAUCAACGACCCUGCGAGCAAAGAAGUCCCAUACGUGCACAUAACACCGUGCAUUGUGCGAGGUCGCGUUGGAAAAGGGGAGGAAAGUGGGGAAGCCAGCGUAGAUUUUGUGUCAAUAGCAUUAAUAGUGGGAGGGGACUGCGGCACGAGUAACAGAUCAAAAAUCGAAUGUAUAUUCGGGGGUGGCCUUAGCAGUGAAUGAAGAGGCAGCUGACAGAGGCCGAGCCCCCCUGCGAUACCUCGAUUCGGGCAGAGGCCGACCGAGACCGUGUGGGCUUUUGUGCUAAGGGUAGCGCAUACCCCUCCACCUUCGCCAAAAGACCCCAUUCUACGUAGUGCAGUAUUAUACUAGUUGCAAGUUCGUUCGUGAUUUUCAGUAUAGUUUGACCCCCGCCUCUUCCCUCGUCCCCUCUAGGACCAAUAGACAAGCCUGAAAGUUCUCUGGAAAACCAAACGGACAAACCAUUCGCUUUUCGAUUCGGUUACACUCUAUACCGUAAAGGGAAAAGACUGCAAGUAGCAGUAUUAGUUUUGCCGGCUCUCGGUACUGACAACGUGCGGACUAAACGUGUGAGUCGGCAAGAAAACUCUACAUCAAGUUCAUCUGAUUAUUUGUGAUAAUAAUGUGAUUCCAGUGUAUCAGUAAGCGAAAUAAAUUUGUAGCUGUAAAUUUCGUCUCGUGGAUAAAAAUAGUGUGUAUAUAUGCGUGCUCGUGGGCGCGUGUAAUGUAUCGGCGAGUGUAAUAUAUGUAUGCGUGUGGGCGCGUGUGAGCGUGCGCGCGCACGCUUGUAAAUUGCUGUGAUAUACAUAUUUAUAUAACAAUAUGCAAUCAAACCCAAAUGAUUAUUGGCGGAAUUGUUCGAGCGAGGAAGAUCUCUCUCUUAUAUUUAGGGAAGAGUGUCAGCCACCGCAGCAGUCAUCACACCACUCACUGCACCAUCCACCGCAUCAUCCAUCGCAUCAUCUACCGCAUCAUCCACCGCAUCAGCCAUUAAGCCAACAACUGCAGCAAAACUUAUUUAAUUAUGCAUCACGAUAUAUCCCAGAACCGUCCAGUUUACUAGAAAAGGCUCUAAUUCACGGCAAGAAAGCUGUAACAGGAAGUUACUAUGCAAAUCCAGACAAAUAUUCACCGACUCUCAAUUCUAACAAUCAAAUUACUUCGCGGGAUUGGGAAACGUCCCCGUCCUCGUCUAAUCAAACAUCGCCGAUUGCCGAGUGUAACCAAUCUGUUGCCAACUUACAGGAGCCAUGUCAACAACAGCAAAUUUUUUAUGAACAAAAUUAUACCGACCAUUCCGGCAGUUACAAUAGCUCGAUUUCUAUCUCAAGUCGACCAAGGAUACAGGCCCCGUAUCACCAAACCAUAUAUUCACGGCAACAACAAGAAACAAACUGUAACAACAACAACAGUUACAAACAAAGAAAUAAAUACAGAGAUAUAAAUAAUACAGACGAACGACGACAGCUUCCUUCUUUCGACAGUUCCACAUCAUUUGCAUGGGUAAAUAGGACUAACGGUAAGUCGAUCGUUAUAAAGCGUGUUGCAUAUAUUGUAUAAAUAACUUAUAGUUUCCAUUUUUUAUAUCUUCUUGUAUUUACAAAAAAAAAAAA